GUGAAAUAUUCCUUCUUACAAAAUUGGACUACAUGACAAAAGUUGCAAAGAAACACCCCACCAAAUAAUUCUUGCCUCUAUAACAUUAUAUCAAUCCUAACAUACAUCAUUUAUGGUACCCCUCAAGAAACUCUGAAUCAUUCUACUACUGAAGGCGGAAUUCUUCAUUUCCUCCAUGGCUGCAGCCCUGAGAUCUAGAAGUUCAACUUUUACUUCCUCAGAGCAAUGGCUCCUAAUGAUUGUUUGUGGGUUCUUGGGUUAUGUGGUUUAUGAUGCAAUAAUGGCCACAGCAUCUGAGCUGCUGCAGCGUUUACUGGUAAUCUCGCCUUUGCAUCUGGUUGUUGUAGUUCACUGGAUGUCUACAGGCAGUAAUCUUAACUUCCCUAUGCCAGGGUCAGAGCCUGGUGCCAUCCAUCGAGCAGGAGGCUCACCAUGGGGUGUUACCUUUGUGCUGCUGCUUCUCUUCUUUCUCAUAUUUUACCACCCUUCCUUCCAAGACCUUAUCUUUUAGGCAUAUAUGUACUCAUGGUUAGAAAUAUGUAGGUCUUUUUGAUUAUGGAAAGUAGGGAAGUUUUGCUUCAAAUAAUGUUACUGAUAAUUUUAUGUGGAAA